UACUGAGAGCACAGAUUGGCUGUGAAACAGGUCAAGAACCCAUGUCUGCCAUGAAGAUAACAGGCGUUGUUGUGCUCCUCACCUUGGCAGUUCUUUGCUUAGCAAAUGCUGCCAAAGAGGAUGAGGUAGACUGCAGUGAAUACAAGAGGUUAGAGAGAGGAAGACCUAUUUACUGUGAAAGACUCUAUCAACCUUUCUGCGGCUCCGAUGGGAAAACAUACAACAACAAAUGUUCUUUCUGUAAAGCAGUCCUAAGAAGUAGAGGUGCCUUACGUAUGAAGCAAGCAGGGGCAUGCUGAAUGAAUUCUGCGUGACGGAGAAGAGUGCUGAGAACAGCUGUACACUGCCUUAUCACAAUCUUUUAAAUAAUUUCAUUCAUCCUGCCUGUUCUGAUGAUGGUGAAUAAAGCACAAAAUAGGCUUUUCAUCGCAGCUCUAUCCUUUGCUGCUUCUCUCUGCUGCAGAGUGUUGGGAUCAACACUUCUGUCCUCUCUGCAAAGCACUUUCUCGGGAUUCUCAGGAGGAUUCCUAUUUUGUAGCAAAUUGGUUUCACAUGAGCCCUUCUUUAUAUAUUUGUCUCCAUGGUUAAAGUUCAAAUCUUCUGACAAUGCCACCUGAUUUUAGUGGACACAAGUCAGUGCAGGCAUUGACUCUGCUUUCCUUGUUCGUGAAGUGUUUUCUUUCAUUUACCCAGAAAUUUUUGCAGAUACUUCUUUUCAAAGGCUUCUGCUUUCCUAGGCAGUGCUUUGAGUCUUCCAGUUUUGUAGCUAAAUUUUAAGUUCUCAU